GGCGACUUCAGUCUUUCUUGGCGCACCGAAGUGGCCGCUCGGCCUCGAUACCAUCUAUGACAGCUGGCGAUCACAACCUUUAACACAACAAACGUAAAACCUAUGUAAGAAGCAUUGGACAACCUACUUCCAUGGAUUUUUAACAGUUAUACACCAAUAAAGGAAUUAAACAUCGCGUGUGAACAUUGUAUUAAGACUUGUUGUGUCAUGUGAGAUUGUACAAAAGCUGUAUUGCAUUCGAGGCUUUCAUAGCGGUAGAGCGAGGUGCGCUGUGGAAUAUGUUCUCUUUCAGAUACAAUGAAGAUAACGUAGGUAUAAGGGAGGAGAAUGUAGACACGUAAGGAGUAUGAUAAAUGGAGGUUCCAUGGAGUCGCGUGGGCACGUAAGCCAGGCCCUGCCUACCAAAUACCGCGCUGACUAUAAAAGCUGCUCGCAGUCACUCCCGCUUGAUAUUCUAUGGUUACCUCGUUCGGCGUUUCGACCAGCAGACGGCGAGCUGGCGGACUGUGUUCUUGUGGUGGGAGUGUCGCGGCCGAAGUUAGCCGCGGCCCUCCUAUCCGUCACUCUGCUUUCUCUCUUUCUCACAUUCCACGUAUUAUAUGACAGUGCACUGUAUAGUAUUCAGGCCGCAAGUAUUGCUUCAGCCGCCAGCGAAGGUCGAAAAAUAUUACAAAAUCAAGAGAGCAGUCGGACAAUAAGCCAUCCUAUGGCUUUAAGGAAACGGUUGAAAAUUCCACGAGCGCCUCGACCCGUUCGUAGACUACCCCAGGCCCUUAUUAUCGGAGUGCGCAAAUGCGGAACGCGUGCAUUACUUGAAAUGCUUUACCUCCAUCCGAUGGUGCAGAAGGCUUCAGGGGAGGUCCAUUUCUUCGAUCGUGACGAGAAUUACGCUCUGGGUCUCGAAUGGUACAGGAGUAAGAUGCCUCUGUCCUUCAAAGGACAGAUAACGAUUGAAAAAAGCCCGAGCUAUUUUGUUACUCCGGAGGUCCCAGAGCGCGUUCGAGCGAUGAACUCAUCCGUACGUCUCUUACUGAUAGUCCGAGAGCCAGUCACUCGGGCGAUAUCUGAUUACACUCAACUGCGAAGUCGCGCGACUCCUUCUGCGCCAGCCUUAUUCUCUCCGGGCCAUCCUCUACCGGACGCCGCGAAACCUUUCGAGCAUCUCGCUAUAACACCGGAUGGAGCUAUUAAUGUUGCUUACAGGCCCAUUGCAAUAUCUCUUUAUCACGCGUACUUACACCGAUGGCUGGAGGUAUUCCCUCGUGAGCAAAUAUUGGUUGUGAAUGGCGAUCAGCUGAUUGAAGAUCCUGUACCUCAACUUCGACGGAUCGAAAAAUUCUUGGGCCUUGAGCAUAAAAUAGGUAGAAAAAACUUCUAUUUUAACGAAACAAAAGGGUUCUACUGCCUACGAAAUGAUACGACGGAUAAAUGCCUUCGUGAGACAAAGGGCAGAAAGCACCCAAGGGUAGACCCAGCUGUUGUCACGAAGCUUCGAAAAUUCUUCGUUCAACAUAAUCAAAGGUUUUAUGACCUCGUGGGCGAAGAUCUGGGUUGGCCCGAAGAUUAAUUAUAGUUACUAUUUUAAGAUGGAAGUGCCUCUAUGCUGCAUUUACAUGCGAGUCAAUUGUCCAGACAAUUAAGUGUCUAUUACAUGCUGCAAUAUGCUUAAGAAGGU